AUGACUGAAGCCGAGAUGAGUUCCAGCUCAAGAAGAAUACUGGCUGUUGCCCUUGAGAAUGAGACAGCAGUUUUGUCAAAGUUGGUGAAAGACCUCACAGGAUCAGCCCCAGAAUCACCAGAUCCUUCCCUCGGCAUCGCAGGCACAACUCAUAGCCUCGCCCUCAAAACACCAUACUAUUCCACUACAGUUCCCAUCUGGCUUGACCUAAUCGCCUCACCUUCUGAAUGGUCAGAGUCAUUUCUCUCUCCCGAAGCCGCUGAAGUGCUCGCCGUGUUAGGGGGUGUAGUAGUAGUCUUCACCGCUGGUCCGAUUUCAUCAUCCAAGGACCACCCGGCAAAGGAACUAGUAGAGCACAUAGGCAAAGUCCUGAAGAAGGGACUGGGGGGAUGGGAGUGGGAUGGCGUAGGACUAGCUAUCGGCGUGGGAGGAGAUGGCAACGAAGAGGAGUGGGAUGAGAUCUGCGCCGAGGCCGGAUUGGAGUUUGUGUCUCUUGGAGGAAAAGGCGACACUGGUCGAAACGAAUUUGGCGAAAAAACAGGAGUUGCGCGAGUAAAAGAAGCCCUCGAAGCAAAUGACUGGUCUCAACUCGAAGCACCACUAUCGGAUUCCGAGUUUGGUGACUUUGAAACGAGCUCAGCCAAGGCCGAUGAGGACGACAAAGAAUUAGAUCCCCAAAAGAUGGGCUUUGGCUUCGAUAAAUCAGACUUUGAAGGUCUACGACGCGCCAUAUGGGAGUCCAGCCAGGAUGUUGAGGAACCUUCAGAACCCAGCAAGGCAGAGACCAGCAAGGAGGGUGCUUCUGGGGGAAUUGGGUUAGAGGAACUGGAUGAGGAUGAGAUCGCCAAGAUCGAAAAGAUGAUGAGAAAACUCCAAGCUGUGAGGGAAGCCGGCGAGGGGAUGGGAGAGGAACAGAGGAAGAGAAUGGCAGCCAGGGCUGUGGAGGAGGUGAUGAGAGAUCUUUGA